AUGGGCAUAAUUAAAUGUUUUAAAGGAUACUAUAGGAAACGUUUGGUAGAAUCGAUACUUCUGGGGAUUGAAAAUAAAGUGGAAGACCCUUUUAAAGCUGUAAAUGUUAAGGACUCAUGUGACUUCAUUGCUGGAAGUUGGUGGGCAGUAACAGAGAAAACCUUUCUGAAUUGUUGGAAAAAGGCCGGUUUAGGUGUCUUAGAAGAUAAAAUGUUAUCUGAUUGUGAUGAAAAUUCCUCAGACUGUGAUAUUUUAUAUGAUCAGGAAAUAGUUUUGAAUCUCCAAACAUCUGUGUCCCAACUCGAGGAAAAAACGGGCAAAAAAUAUGGAGUGAACGUGGAGGAUUAUUUGACAGCGGAUGACGAUCUUACUGUUUUCGCAGGAGUUACUGAUGAAGAAAUUCUCUCUGAAAUUACUGGUGAGAUGAAACAUAGUGGUGAUGAAGACGAUGAGGAGGAAGAAGAAGAAGAUGAUGAUGAUAACACGACUUCUUCGACCGUCUGCGGGAGCUUCUUGUUCAAUGUUUCUGGCAGAAAGGAUGCACAUGUCACUGCCAUCAAAGAAAUGGCAGAUAACGCCAGAAAAGGAAAAGAUUCAGUGUAA